UUCGGGCGAAUUUUCCCCUGCUUUUUACCUUAUUAAUCGCUUAUAAUCAGUUCUACACAUUAGCUAAUACAUCGAAUGACAUUGUGAUAGUAAGAAACGUGGUACACACGAUAUCGUCAGCUUUAUCAACAGAAGGAUUUGAGUUGUUUGAGGAAAUGGUGCCUGUAAGAUACAAAGUGGGUCAUGGUGGAGAAAGACCCCGCGGAACUCAAGGCUGCUUCCUGGCGUUUCCGGUUUUCCGCAGAAAAAGUUACUUUUGUUUUCAAGGCUAGUGUGUUUUUAAUUACUGUAUAAUUAAACCACUUCUUUAAUUAGACCUAAAGUAAGCCUCGAAGUGAUGUGUCGGCAGCUAAAUUACAAUUUUCUAUGUUAUAGAGCAAGUUAUCUACGAGCCACACCAAGUUGAGUGACGUGCGUGUUUAUCAUGGCUAUAAGUGCAGAACAGGAGGCUUUAAUUAGCCAAAUGUUUGAAGCCUAUGUUGCAGAAUAUCACCAUGACGUCAUUGUCCAGCUCUUUUCCGACAACAGUGAGGACAUUCAUCAGCCUCUUGUUAUCAAUGCUAUGACACUCUUUGAAGCCAAUAUGGAGAUUGGCGACUAUUUCAAUGCUUAUCCCAACGAUGUCCUGGCAAUAUUUGAUAAAGUGUUGCACAAGUCAGCCCUGGAGUUGUCAAAGAAAGCUUCUACCAAGCAAUCUGGAGGACGAGCAGCUGAAGAGACGAGAAAGAAACAGACUCUCCAUGCCCGCAUUACAGGACUACCAGUCUGUCCAGAGCUCACCAGAGACACUAUUCCUCGAUCCAGGGACGUAGGCCACUUCUUGUCUGUCAUUGGGACUGUUAUUCGCAGCAGUGUUGCCAAGGUCCUAGAGUACGAGCGUGAUUACAUGUGCACCAAGUGUCGCCAUGUGUUCGCGCUACAGGCAGACUUUAACCAGUUCUAUACAUUUUCCCCGCCACUGGCCUGCCCUAAUCCGGAUGGCUGUAACUCCUUCAAAUUCACUUGUUUGUCUGGAGGGUCGGAGCCAGCUGCCUGCAGAGAUUACCAGGAGAUCAAAAUACAAGAGCAAGUACAGAGGUUGUCGGUGGGCAGUAUUCCUCGUUCUCUGGUUGUGGUUCUGGAGGAUGACCUGGUGGACAUGUGUAAAUCUGGAGAUGAUGUCACUGUUUACGGAGUAGUGUGCCAGCGCUGGAAACCCUUUUUUGAUGGCACUCGCUGUGACGUGGAGCUGGUCCUCAAAGCCAACAACAUAGAAGUGAACAACCAGCAGGGUGCUGCUGCUUUGCUCAUAGAGGAUGCGCAAAGGGAAUUUGAAGAAUUCUGGGAGUUCUACAAAUGUGAUCCCAUUGCUGGCAGGAACCAGAUUCUGUUAAGCCUGUGCCCUCAAGUGUUUGGCAUGUACGUGAUUAAACUGGCGGUUGCCAUGGUGUUAGCUGGUGGGGUGCAGAGAAUAGAUUCUUCUGGAACCAAGGUCAGAGGUGAAUGCCACAUGUUGCUUGUUGGAGACCCCGGCACAGGAAAGUCUCAGUUCUUAAAGUAUGCAGCCAAGAUCAUGCCUCGCUCUGUUCUCACUGCUGGAAUUGGGUCAACAAGUGCAGGACUGACAGUUGCAGCAGUAAAAGAUGGAGGUGAAUGGCAUCUGGAGGCAGGAGCCCUGGUCCUCUCAGAUGGUGGAUUGUGCUGCAUCGAUGAAUUCAACAGCAUCAAAGAACAUGACCGCAUCAGUAUCCACGAGGCUAUGGAGCAACAGUCCAUUAGUGUGGCCAAGGCCGGUAUGGUGUGUAAGCUGAACACUCGUACCACUAUUCUGGCAGCGACCAACCCCAAGGGCCAGUACGAUCCCAAUCAACCACUGUCAGUCAACGUAGCACUAGCCAGCCCUUUGCUGAGUCGUUUUGACCUGGUUCUGGUUCUGCUUGACACAAGAAACGCUGAGUGGGACCGCAUAAUCUCCUCUUUCGUUCUAGAGAACAGAGGACUGCCGUCUGAGAGCAGUGUCCUGUGGCCCAUUGAAAAAAUGAGGGCCUAUUUUUGUGUGAUAAGGCGCUUGCAGCCGCAGGUUUCUACAGAGGCCAACUGCAUCUUAUCAAGGUACUACCAGCUGCAGAGGCAGAGUGAAGGCCGCAACGCUGCUCGCACAACAAUACGCAUGCUGGAGAGUCUGAGCAGACUGGCCGAAGCUCAUGCCAGGCUCAUGUUUCGAGAAACUGUGACUAUAGAGGACGCUGUCAUGGCCGUCUCUGUUAUGGAGUCUUCCAUGCAGGGUGGUGGCCUCCUCGGAAGCGUAAACGCAAUACUCACCUCGUUCCCCGAUGACCCUGGUAAACAGUACCAGACACAGUGCCAGGUACUCCUGGAAGCAAUGAACCUGACACAUCUGCUUCAAAAGGAGAUGGACAGAGUGACCAGGCUGAGGAGCAACAUCACAGGAGCUUCCAGCUCAGAGCAACCAGCUGACCAGCAGCAACUUGGACAAACAAGCUCAAUCUGCAAAACACAAGCUGACAUCCCAAAGGACAGGAAGACGGCCACAGAGCUAGAGACCAGCUUAGAUUGGUUUCAUUCCAUUACGCCAUCUCUAUCUGAACAUCCAACGUCAACUCCAAUGUCCUCAGCAACUCCAGGAGACUUCAGUCCAAAACCAAUUUCCAGCUUGUCAAGUCAUGUCAGCGCAUCAGUGAACCCCAUUUUGAAUUCUUCUGAGGCCGCUAUCUUUGAAGAUCGGGGAUCGGUUAAAGAUGAUAACCACAAAGCUCAAGAGAGUCUCAAAGAAUUGGACAGAAAAUGCACCAAGCCUUCAGGUAGCGUGACCCAGAAAGUCCGUAAAAAUCUGAGAGACAGACGAGUGAAGGAGCUGCAGCGUCAACAGCAGCCAGUUGAGCAAGGACAAAGUGUGGUGUCUUUGAACAGUGCAAGUUUAGAUGGAACAGACAACACUUGCUUAAAUCAAAGUAAACAGGACAAUGGUGGUCGUAGUCUGUUAGAGGUUGAUGUUGGAGGGUGUCACAGAGCAACUAAAAAGCUUAGCAACGUGUUACGGGGAAAAAUGACCGCUACAGUUGAAACUAAUCAGAAUAUUCAUGCACAGUUUUCAGGUUUUACAUUCAAACCAAAAAAGAUGAGACCCUUAGUCCACAAUGCUGGCCUUAACGUACAUGCAGAGAUGCAACAGGAGUUCAACCAAGAGGCAGGCAAGGAUGGCAGAAACAUGGCAAGCGGGAAACGAAUCGACGGAAGAGCAGACGAUGAAAACAAUGACAAUGAGAAAAUAAAUAAAAUGCAACAAAUGCACCUGAGGAGUCUGGAAGACGGAAGCCAGGUGAGCUGUGUCAGCAACGAAGCAGCUUUCUGUUUGCCAUCACAGAAGGUGGAUCAGGAAGAACAAGAUCAAGUCCAUGGCAAAACAAAGCAGGGAGAAGACACAGGGAUGGUGUGUCUCAAUGGUGAUGGGACUAAAGACUGCUUAACACCUUUAAAACCACCUACUUGCAAACCAAGAGUUAACCCAUCAACCCUUGCUAGACUCUCAAGAUUCUCUUUCACUGUGGAAACCAAACCUGACACGAACAGGAAUCACCAAACUGAACUGGAAACGAGUCCACUCAAAAGAGACGCCGUGGAUUUUUCGAGGAUGACUACUCAAGGCCAGCUCAGUCCUAUGAGAAAGAGGAAGAGAGAUGUAGUGAGCAGCGAGAUAACCGCGACUUCAUCUUCCCUGGUCUCACAUGAUCUGGAUCAUGGACCAGGAACGAGUGACGGACCAAUCCUUAACUGUAGUCCAGAUCUGACGGAACCUGCUCAUGCUGCAGUCAGUUUGAUUGAGAUGACCAAAGACUUAGAAACCAAAAAGAAGAGAAAGUGUUUUGAACUGGGUUGUCCGACAAAAGAUGUUUCUCUGUUUGGCUCAGGUGAGUUCAGUGAUGAUGUUCUUGACACUGACUGGGACAAAGAGAUCACAAAGUAAGCUCAAGUGUGACACUUCUUCACUUCGUUUUGGACAAAAUUUGUCAACAAAAACGAUCAAUUAUUGUAUACAAAUAAACUUUUUUAAUUGAA